AGGGCUGAUCACCUGAGUACUCACAGCACAAGGGUAGCAAUUGAGAGUAUGGCUCGAACUAAGAUAACAGCUCGUAACUCCACCGGAGGAAAGGCUCCUACGAAGCAACUUAGGGCAUUUUAUGCCGCCGCUCGUAAGACGGCUCCCACAAUUGGAGGAGUGAAGAAGCCUCACCGGUAUCGUCCUGGAACUGUUGCUCUUCGCGAAAUUCGCAAGUACCAGAAGGGGACAGAGCUGCUCAUAAGGAAGCUGCCUUUUCAGAGACUCGUUCGUGAGAUUGCCCAAGUUUCCAAGAACGACCUGCGUUUCCAAAGCCACGCAGUGCUUGCAUUACAGGAGGCAGCGGAAGCAUACCUGGUGGGUCUCUUUGAGGACACUAAUCUGUGUGCCAUCCAUGCCAAGCGCGUGACCAUCAUGUCCAAGGAUGUUCAUCUUGCCAGGAGGAUCCGUGGCGAGAAGAUGUAAAGGAGCAUGGCGAUGGAUUUGUCAGUCCCAAGAUAUGCUACGUCGUUUCCACAUUCCUAGGUUUAUGGUGGUGGCCAACUACUUUGAUUUGUCUAUGUCAAACUGUUUGGUUAUGUUAGCUUAUGCAUGCAUCGACUUAAUUA